AUGUUCAGAGUCCCAACCAUAGUAGGUGCAGAAACAGCAUGGGAACAGUUGGCACAGGAAGAUGCACAGCAUGCCCUGGAGAAGGAACUUUCUGACAAAAACUCAGCCUAUUUUAUUGAUGAGAAGUGCUUUAACCUGAGGAACACAUUGGACAGCAUCAACUUUUACCAUAGAGUGGAAGAAGCAGCCGAGAUUGUUUCAGUUCCUGCAACAAAUUCCUGGGCUAAAUUCAGUGGAGAAAAUCCCAGGUACUCUCAGCAUGCAGGGGCCAACUCUGUCCUUCCCUGAAAGGAUGCAGAGCUUGGACUGGAGUGCACACCUGAGGAGAUGUGGAAUCAUUUAUUCAGCAUCAACUUAGCCUUUAACAAUCGUGGUGCUGAAGUAUCUGAUGCAAAGAACAAACUCCAAGCACAACUGGCCAAGGUGAAAUGUGGAAAUGUGGAUGAAAAGAGUUUAGAAAAACUGACUGAGCGGCAAAAUAUUAAAGAAGUUUAUAAAAUGAGGAGGCACAAGUAUGUUCCUCCCACUACUUUACCUGGCUGCUGCUUUUUGCCUUCAGAUAAUAACCACUGGGUUAGUUUAACCUCAGAAACAACGAAGAAACAAGGCACUGAAGUUUACACUAUAGAUGACAUCAUACAGGUCUUCCAGUGAUGUCAGCAAGAAGCACAUGACACUCUGCAGAUACUGAUCCUCCAAAUAUCAGUGCCAGAAGGCAACAUUUCUGUGAAGGCAAACUCCCUCUUCAUUGACAAGAAGUGUGCAGGAACACGUUGUUCUUAA